AUGCUUUGUUUGCUUCGCAUUGCCCUCUUGGCCACCGUCCCUGGGGUCAUCGCCGCUCCCGCGAACCUGAAGCGAGCUGGAGCACCAACGGUUACAAUCUCACAGCCCAAAGCUACAGUAGUUGGCUCAUCAGGAUCGAGCAGCGUGGACAGUUUCAAUGGAAUUCCAUUUGCACAGGCACCUACUGGCUCGCUUCGCCUGAAACCACCCCAAGCGAUCCAGACAUCCUUAGGAACUGUUCAAGCUACCGGGACCGCGAAGUCAUGUCCUCAAUUUUAUUUCACCACUGAUACCAGCGAUUUCCCAGUGUCCGUGAUUGGGGAGUUAGCCAAUAUCCCACUGUUCCAAACGGUCACGAAUGCCGGCGAAGACUGCUUGACUGUCAGUAUACGGCGCCCAACUGGAACCGCAGCCGGUGCAAACCUACCUGUUUUGGUUUGGAUCUUUGGCGGUGGCUUUGAAUUAGGAUCAACGAGCAUGUAUGAUGGAACGAGCUUGGUUUCUGCAUCGAUGAACUUGGGCAUGCCUAUUGUAUUCGUUGCCAUCAAUUACCGUGUGGGCGGCUUUGGCUUUAUGCCUGGAUCAGAGAUCCUCAAAGACGGGUCUGCCAACCUGGGUCUUCUUGACCAACGACUGGCAUUGAAAUGGGUGGCAGAUAAUAUCAAGGCAUUUGGUGGUGAUCCGACGAAGGUGACUAUCUGGGGUGAGUCUGCUGGGUCGAUAUCCGUCUUUGAUCAAAUGGCUCUUUAUGAUGGUGACCACACAUACAAUGGCGCACCGCUCUUCCGUGCUGGAAUCAUGAAUUCAGGAAGUAUUGUACCUGCCGAUCCUGUAGAUGGUGUCAAAGGCCAAGCAGUCUAUGACAAGGUGGUGGAGUCUGCUGGCUGUGCCAGUUCAUCGGAUACCUUGGAGUGCUUGCGUGGAUUGGAUUAUACAACAUUCUUGAAUGCUGCCAACUCGGUGCCAGGAAUUUUGUCUUAUAACUCCGUUGCACUCUCGUAUCUACCUCGACCGGAUGGCACAGUUCUCACUGACUCACCUGAGGUUUUAGCGACUAGUGGCAAGUAUGCCUCUGUUCCUUUCAUCAUCGGCGACCAGGAAGACGAAGGGACAAUCUUUGCUCUGUUUCAAGCAAAUAUCAGCACGACGGAUCAAAUUGUUGAUUACCUCCAAAGGCUCUUCUUCUUGGACGCUUCUCGCGAGCAACUGGAAGAAUUGGUAGCGACAUACCCGGAUACCACGACCGACGGGUCUCCCUUCCGGACUAGUAUCUUCAAUAAUUGGUAUCCUCAGUACAAACGCAUUGCAGCGAUACUGGGAGAUCUCACUUUUACCAUUACUCGAAGAGCCUUCCUCACACUCGCUCAAAGCGUGAAGCCCGACGUGCCGUUCUGGUCCUAUUUGUCGUCCUAUGACUAUGGAACACCUAUUCUUGGCACUUUCCAUGGGUCCGAUAUUUUACAAGUGUUCUAUGGCAUCUUGCCAAAUUACGCCUCCAAGUCGAUCCAUUCGUACUAUCUAUCAUUUGUAUACGAUCUGGACCCCAACUCUAGGGCGACGAGCUACAUGAACUGGCCACAAUGGAGCACCAAUCAGACUCUGAUGAAUUUCUUCAAUGACCAUGGAGCUCUGCUGGCAGAUGACUUCCGUCAAGAUACUUUUGAGUUUAUUGCGGCAAAUGUCGCCUCAUUCCAUAUCUAA